UCUCCUGUCCGUCUCACUGUGAGCCCCCCUUUCUCUCCCCUCUCACUGCCUGAGUAUUUUUUCUCUUUUCUUGUGCUGAGUAACAUGGUGUAUUUUUCUAGCAGCUUUCCCUGAAAGUGAGGGUCUGUAUUUCUGGAAGGGACUAUUUGCCCAUUAUUUCUCAUAUUUUCGUGGCUUUAGAUGGCCAUAGUACUGUUAGGUCACUUAUUGACUUUAGGAAUUUGUUUUUAUGGUCACCUGCAGCUCUGAACCUGAGAGGAAUUCAGUGUUACCUGUUGUAAGACCUGCUUGCUCAGAUCCCAUGGUGGGGGGGGCACUCUUCCGUUGGGGACAGACAUUUGUCAGUGACGUGGGAGAUGCUGCAGCGCCGGGGCUUGUCAGGAUCUGCCCUCACUUCCCACCACUCCCUCUGCUGGCACCGCCCUGAGCCGCCCCUGCUGCUCCUGUAGUUGGGUCACAUCUGCCCAUGUGCUGUGACCCUGUCACUUAGUCUGUUUUGUUUUUGUUUGUGUAGAUAUCAUGGUUUGGUCUUUUACCGUUCUGUUAGGUCUUUUUUGUUUUCAUCGGGAGUUUUGGGGAGAUUAAAAAACAAUCCUGCAACCCUGACCUCAUCCUGCUCUCAGGGUUUUAACAACAAAAGGUAAGACUCAGUGAGAGAGGUGAAGUGAAUUGUUCACAGACAUCUAAAUGGCAAGAGGAGAAGAAAUGCUGUUUCAUUCAAAAUCUCAUACGGACGCAUACCUACUUAAAACUGUGAGUUGUUACUCCUUAGCAUUUAGCAUCAUGUUCUCAUUUAAGAAGCUGCCCAGAAAUUGUUUAAAAAUUGAGUGGAUCUCAGGUGUGGUCAUUGCACUUUCAGGGGUCCUGGGGGCCCCUGCAGAAUCUGUGGGUGGAACUGUCUCCACUGUGCCAGGUUCCUCAUGCGCAUUUCUUCCCACAGCAGCAGCACUGAGCACGGUUUGCGGAACACCCAGCCCAGCCUCCAUUUAAGUGUGAUUCACCGGCCUAAGAGACCGAGGUUGAGGCCCAGAGGAAACAUGCUCACUAGAGUGAGUUUGCUCUUGAGUCCACAGGUCCCACCUCUCCAGGAACAAGACCGUUCGUGUGAUAGGAUCAGAGAGCUCCAAGUGCAGGAGUCCGUGCUUGGCCAAGGGACCCCUGACCAUAGACCUCUCCCUGGAGCAACCCAGCAGAGGCAGAAGAGUCACUGGACAGAACAAGUCCUCGAGUGGCUGUUUAUUUCCCAGGAGCAGCUGAAAAUCACCAAGUCCUGGGGACCAUUGUCAUUCAUGGAUGUGUUUGUGGAUUUUACCUUGGAGGAGUGGCGGCUGCUGGACCCAGCUCAGAAGCACCUGUACAGGAGUGUGAUGUUGGAGAACUACAGCAACCUGGUGUCCCUGGGGUAUCAACACACCAAACCCAACAUUAUCUUUGAGUUGGAACGAGGAGAAGAGCUGUGGGUGGUGCAUGCCCGAAUCCCAAGGCAGGGCCAUCCAGAUAAAGUCUGGGAAAUUGAUGAUCACAUCAAAUGGCAUCAGGAAAACCAAGGCAAUCUGGGAAGUAUAGCAAAAAGCUGUGAAUGCACUGCAUUUGGAAAACUAUGUUUUCUCGGUACAAAUUAUGUUUGCUCAAGGCAGAAACCUCAUACACGUGGCAUACAUGGAAAGAGUUUGAAAUAUGAUACAGAUUUCACUAGUAAUUAUGCUGGGAAGAAUCCUAAUACAUUUCAUGUACAUCGGGAGUCAUUCCUCCAUUCUAAACAUGAGCAAACUGUUAUUGGAAUAAAAUACUGUGAAAGUAAUGAAUCUGAAAAAGCUGUCAAUAAGAAGUCACAACUUAUGUGCCAAACAACAUAUAUGAGGGAAAAACCCUUUGAAUGUAGUUACUGUGAGAAAGCCUUCAACAGUGAGUCAUACUUUAUAGUGCAUCAGCAAACUCAUGCAGAAAAGAAACCUUAUGAAUGCAAUGAAUGUGGGAAAACAUUCAGUUUCAAUUCACAGCUUGUCAUACAUGAGAGAAUUCACACAGGUAAAAAUCCCUGUCAAUGCUGUGAAUGUGGGAACCUCUUCAGUAGGAAAGACCAGCUUGUUUCACACCAGAGAAUUCAUUCAGGACAUAAACCCUAUAGUUGUAAUGAAUGUGGCAAAGCUUUUGGUUUGAAAUCGCAGCUCACUAUACAUGAAAGAAUUCAUACAGGAGAGAAACCAUAUGAAUGCAGUGAAUGUCAGAAAGCCUUUAAUACAAAGUCAAACCUUAUGGUACACCAGAGAACCCACACAGGGGAAAAACCCUAUGGUUGCAGUGAAUGUGGCAAAGCCUUUACGUUCAAAUCGCAACUUACUGUACAUCAGGGCACCCACACAGGAGUAAAGCCCUAUGGGUGCGUUCAGUGUGGGAAGGCAUUCAGUUUGAAGUCACAGCUCGUUGUACAUCAGAGAAGUCACACAGGAAUGAAACCUUAUGUUUGCAAUGAGUGUGACAAAGCCUUCCGAAGCAAGUCAUACCUGAUUAUACAUAUGAGGACACACACCGGAGAGAAACUCCACGAAUGCAGUGAUUGUGGGAAGGCCUUCAGUUUUAAUUCACAACUCAUUAUACAUCAGAGGAUUCACACAGGAGAGAGCCCAUAUAAAUGCCACGAAUGUGGGAAAACCUUCAGUCGGAAAUACCAGCUCAUUUCACACCAGAGAACUCAUGCAGGAGAGAAGCCCUAUGAGUGCAGUGACUGUGGAAAAGGUUUUGGUUUAAAGUCACAGCUUAUUACACACCAGAGAACGCACACAGGAGAGAAACCCUUUGAAUGUAGUGACUGUCAGAAAGCCUUUAAUACAAAGUCAAACCUUAUUGUACAUCAGAGAACGCACACAGGAGAGAAACCCUAUGGUUGCAGUGAGUGUGGAAAAGCCUUUACAUUCAAGUCACAGCUCAUUGUACAUCAGGGCGUUCACACUGGAGUAAAACCUUAUGGAUGCGGUCAGUGUGAAAAAGCCUUUAGUUUGAAGUCACAGCUCAUUGUACACCAGAGAAGUCAUACAGGAGUAAAACCGUAUGGAUGCAGUGAGUGUGGGAAGGCCUUCAGGAGCAAAUCGUACCUUAUUAUACACAUAAGAACUCAUACGGGAGAGAAACCGCACGAAUGCAGUGAAUGCGGGAAAUCCUUUAGUUUCAAUUCGCAACUCAUUGUACAUCAGAGAAUUCACACCGGUGAAAAUCCCUAUGAGUGCAGUGAGUGUGGGAAAGCUUUUAAUAGGAAAGAUCAGCUUAUUUCACAUCAGCGAACUCAUGCUGGGGAAAAACCUUACAGGUGCAGUGAAUGUGGGAAAGCCUUCAGCAGCAAGUCAUACCUCAUAAUACACAUGAGAACCCAUUCAGGGGAGAAACCGUACGAAUGCAACGAAUGUGGGAAAGCCUUUAUUUGGAAGUCACUGCUCAUUGUGCAUGAGCGAACUCAUGCAGGGGAAAAUCUUUGUAAAUGUGGUCAGUGUGAGAAAUCCUUCAGUGGGAAAUUACAGCUCUUUGUACACCAGAGAAUGCACACAAGGGAGAAACCCUACGAAUGCAGUGAAUGUGGAAAAGCCUUCAUUAGGAAAUCUCAGCUCAUUGUACACCAGAGAACGCAUUCGGGAGAGAGACCCUACGGAUGUAAUGAAUGUGGAAAAACCUUUUCUCAGAAAUCAAUUCUCAGUGCACAUCGGAGGACACAUACCGGAGAGAAACCUUGUAAAUGUCCUGACUGUGGGAAAGCCUUUUGUUGGAAGUCACAGCUCAUUAUGCAUCAGAGAAUUCAUGUAGAUGACAAGCACGUUGAUGAGUUAAAUGUGUGAAACUUUUAAAAGUCGAUUUCCAGAAGUUACCAACAAAAUCAUAUGGAAGAGAAACUCUGUCAAUAGAAAUGUCUUAUCCUCUAGAAAACUCAUAGCAAACAGAAACUUUGUGAAUAUGCAGCAUAGGCAAAGGCAUGCACAGAAAGCUGUUCUUUACAUGCAGAAAGAUAUGGUAAAAUGUACAUGGGAAUCGUGUGAAUUCAGCAAACCCUUUGAAAAUUUUCAGCAUCAACUCAUACCCUUUUAAACAGUUUAUACAGGUGAAGAACCAUAGAAAUGAAAUAGAUGUUGCAAAGUCUUUAAUAUACGGUCACUUUCACAAAGAGGAAACUUCAUGGAGCAAAUGGAAAUAGAAUAGAC